AAAUCACGUGUAUUUGAUUGGACUUCCGGGAUCACACCCACAUCCAUGUAGGCAUUGCAACGAAUAUAGGAAGACAAAUUGUAAGGUUGCGAGUGCGAUAUAGGUCUGCAAUCUGGUUGCAAGUCGCCAGGAAACCGAGAGAAGGAGAAGAUAGAAGUAAAAGGAAAGGUAAGAUGGCUGCAAAGAAGGGUUCCAUCAGGGGAAUGGACGCAGAAGAGCUGGUGGGUGCAUCAAUCAUUCGGAUCCCCCCACAUCACUACAUUCAUGUCCUGGACCAGAACACCAACAUCGCCAAGGUUGAAAUUGGUCCUCGCACCUACAUCCGCCAGGACAAUGAGAGGGUGCUGUUUUUACCAGUAUGCAUGAUAAUGGUUCCACCUCGGCACUACUGCGUGGUGCUGAACCCGGUGGCCCGGGAUGACGAGGGCCGGGUUCAGUUCGACCUGCUGGGACAGGCCAAGUUACGUCACGCAGACCUGGAGAUCCGACUCGCACAGGACCCCUUCCCUCUGUACCCGGGAGAGGAGAUACAGCAGGAUGUGACCCCUCUGCAGAUUGUGUACCCAGACACAGCGCUCCGGCUGCAGGCCCUCCUGGAUUUUGAGGAGGAGGGGGGUGACAAGAGAGUGGCUGGGGACGAGUGGCUGUUUGAAGGACCUGGUACCUACAUACCUAGGAAGGAGGUAGCAGUGUUGGAGACAGUGAAGGCCACAGUCAUUCGUGACAACCAGGCCAUCCGCCUGAGAGCCCGCAAGGAGGGUGUGGAUAGAGGAGGGGUGCGCAGGGUCACAGGGGAGGAGUGGCAGGUGAGCAAGGUGGGAGCUUACCUGCCUGGAGUUCACGAAGAGGUCAUAGACAUAGUCAAUGCUUUCAUCCUUACUGACAAAAAAGCGCUGCAUGUGCGGGCCCUCCGCCCCUUCCGGGACCAGGGGGGCCGUGAUCGCCGCACCGGGGAGGAGUGGCUGGUCACUCUGGCUGACCGCGAGGCGCACAUCCCCUCUGUGGCGGAGGAGGUGGUGGGGGUGGUGGACGUGACCACGCUCAGCAGCCGUCAGUACUGUGUGGUCCUCGACCCGGUCGGACCUGAUGGCAAGCCCCAGCUGGGACAGAAGAGGGUUGUGAAGGGGGAGAAGUCGUUCUUUCUGCAGCCCGGGGAGAGGUUGGAGCAAGGGAUCCAGGAUGUGUAUGUUCUUUCAGAGGAGGAGGGACUGGUGCUGAGAGCUGUGGAGGCCUUCACCGACACCGAGGGGCAAGAAGAGGAGGAGGAAGAUGGGGAUGGGGAGGGCAGGUCGGGAGUGGGGAGCGUCCUCCGUCGCCCAGGCGACCGAUGGAUGCUGCGUGGCCCAAUCGAAUAUGUCCCUCCAGCUUCUGUGGAGGUUUUGCUGCGGCGAGAGGCCAUCCCAUUGGAUGAGAAUGAAGGAAUCUAUGUGAGAGACAUCAAAACUGGAAAGGUUCGAGCUGUGAUUGGCCACACCUACAUGUUGACGCAAGAUGAGGAAUUGUGGGAGAAAGAACUGCCGCUGAACGUGGAGAAGCUAUUGGCAGCUGCUCGUGAUCCCCUGGCCGACCGCUCCGAGAGACAGAGGCCAGGAGAAGACGUGCAGGAGAGAGACAAAACAAAAGUGGUGUCGUACAGAGUCCCCCACAAUGCUGCGGUGCAGGUCUACGACUACCGAGAGAAGAAGGCCAGAGUAGUGUUCGGGCCGGAGCUGGUGAUGCUGGGCCCUGAUGAGCAGUUCACCGUUGUGUCCCUCUCGGGAGACAAGCCGAAGCGCGCCAACGUCAUCAAGACCAUUUGCCUUCUGCUGGGGCCCGACUUCUGCACUGACAUCAUCACCAUCGAGACGGCUGACCACGCCCGGCUGCAGCUGCAGCUGUCUUACAACUGGCACUUUGACAUUAAGUCGCGCUCAGACCCCGCCCAGGCUGCGGCUCUGUUCUCAGUGCCAGACUUCGUUGGAGAUGCCUGCAAAGCCAUCGCCUCCAGGGUCAGGGGGGCUGUGGCAUCUGUGCAGUUCGAUGACUUUCAUAAGAACUCCAACCGCAUCAUCUGCUCAGCGGUGUUUGGGUUUGACGACAAGAUGCAGGUGCAGUCCAGCCUGCGUUUCAGCCAGAACGGGCUGGUCAUCAGCAGUGUGGACAUCCAGUCCGUGGAGCCGGUGGACCAGAGGACCCGGGACGCUCUGCAGAAGAGUGUCCAGCUGGCCAUUGAGAUCACCACCAACUCGCAGGAAGCUGCUGCUCGCCACGAGGCGGAGCGCCUGGAGCAGGAGGCCAGGGGCCGCCUGGAGAGACAGAGGAUCAUAGACCAGGCUGAGGCUGAGAAGGCCAGAAAAGAACUGCUGGAGCUGGAGGCCCUCUGCGCCGCAGUGGAGAGCACAGGAGCAGCGAAGGCAGAGGCACAGUCCAGGGCUGAGGCAGCCCGAAUCCAGGGCGAGGCGGCUGUGAAUGAGGCCAAGCUCAAGGCAGAGGCUCAACAGAUAGAGGCUGAAGCUGAGCUGGCACGCCUGGCCAAAGCAAGGGAGCAGGAACUCCACUACAAGAAGGAGAUGGACAGUCUGGAGGUGGAGAAGCAGGAGAAGCUGGCGGCGAUCGAGAGCCAGCGCUUUAAGGAGCUCAUGGACAGCCUGGGCAGUGAGACCUUGAAGGAGAUGGCUAGGGCAGGGCCGGAGCUGCAGGUGAAGUUGCUGCAGUCCUUGGGGCUGAAGUCCACUCUGAUCACAGAUGGAUCAUCUCCCAUUAACCUCUUCGGUACCGCUAACGGUCUGCUGGGAGGCCUGCUGGGCAAGGGGGAGUGAGGAGAGCAUGUAGAUGACAAAGCGGAGCGGGAAGUGAAGCAACGCCCUGCGAAUAAAAGGAAAAGGGGAUGGUGGGAAGUCGAUAGGGAAAAUAUGGCAGAAGAGGGAUAAAGCAAGUAUGUGUUUAAAGUCCAAGUCUCAUGAAUUUUCCAAAUGUAGGCCCUUAUUGUGACUUGGAGACCCUGCAUGGCUUUUAUAUAUGCACCUUUUUGGUUGGUUUACUUUUUCUGUUUCUGACAUGAGAUGUGCACCUCUAGAGCUUCUAAAACUGUGAAGUGCAGGCAUGCAUGCACUGAAUAACAUAACCUCACCUUUUUAAAACACACUCCCACUGAUGUCUGAGAAGUUUUAAAGAACUUCAGACUCAGCCACAUUUCCUCAUACCUUCUGCAAUACACUAGUGCCUUUAGUUACGAAAUGUAACUCUUGAAAGAGAAAUAUCCUUCAUGUCUGUCAUGUCUUUAAAUACUUAUUAUCAAAUUGUGACAUGUACCAACAAAUGAAAAAGUGCAACAAAUGAAAAAGCAACAAAACACAAAAAGCAUUCUGGGUAAAAAAAAAUGCACUCUAAAAAUAAUUUCUUUGAUUUACCUGGUUGAUGCACGAUGAGGAAAAUGACCAUAAAUGAAGAGUAAAUGAUGGAGUUGGAAUCAAUCAUUAAGAAAUGCCUAAACUGCCUUCAGUUAAAUAAAUAAUUAGCAAAAAAGCACUUUCCUUUAUGGGGACAAUGCAGCAGGAUGCUAAAUGACUUAAAGUUCAAUGACAUUUGCGCAGCCUUAUAACAAAUGUAAUCUCUGCUCUGUGGUAAGUAAAUCUAAUACAUUUUUGGCUUUGUAAAACAAAGUUUGUUUACAGUGAUCAUAUGUUUACACCAUUCCAUCUUCCUAUAAUAUAUGUGUACUGUGGUUGUGUCUUGCUACCUAUUGACUAUUCAGACAUGAAGCUAUCUAGCUAAGUGUGUUCAUUCAGAAUGCACUGUGUUCACAGUAUGUGUCAGAGUCAGGUGUCUUUUCUAUUCAGAUGUAACCCAGGUGAACUUGGUUAUACCUCAAGUGAAAUCAGAUUUGAAUGAUAUGGUGAAAAAAUGGUAAAACUGUGUUCUGUUUCAACACUAUGAUUGCCUCUGAACUAUAGUAUAAGCGUUUGGGGGGUCUUGGGCAGAACAGAAGGAAUUUGAGCAAGCUGGCAGAGAGAAUACUAAUAAUGCCUGAAAACAAUUGUGCUUUACAGUACUUUACUCCUGAAUGCUUCGCACUUUUGCCACUUAAAUAUACCUGCGAAAUAAACUGACUUUAAACGCAAUAUGGCUUUGAUUAAUUGUGCACACCAUGCACUGUUCAGACCCAUUAUGGGCACUGUGAACCUCAUAAGCCAAUCCUCUCCUUAGAUCUACCAUGAGCUGUCCAGCUGGCAAUCAGAAGAGUGGGGCAUGUAAUAUUUCCUGGAUGGAUUUUUAAAAAAUAUUUGGAAUUUCGUUGUACCCCCACCGUGCAAUGACAAUAAAGUCUAUUCUGAUUCUGAUUUAAACUCAAAACCCUCAUGGUGCAAAGCAACUAUUCCAGCCACUACUUUCCCAGACUUUUUAAAGGUUUUAUGUCUACUUGAACUCAGAAUUUCCCAAGAAUAUGAGAAGUAUUUAACACAAAAAAACCAGCACACAGCAGUUCAUUGUUAAAGAUGACGGUGAGGUCCGGGGUCCUGCGAUGGGAAACCAGAGCUUUGGAAUGCACAUGCCUACUCUCUAUCGUCUGCCUAUCCACCUUCCAGCCACCCUGUCUGUCUCAGCCUACACCUUUCCCUUCCU